UAGAAGAACUAGCUUCCGUUCUCCCUCACCCUACCGUAGAGACAUUAACUACCUUGGUCAUGACAGUACUUCAUCUUCAGCCUCCCCAGUUCCUUCUAAUAACAAGUGGGAACACUUCCUCGACAACCCUUCUAUCCGUGUAG